AUGCCUCCGUAUGUGCCUCGCAAAAGGCUAAGAGUGUCCACGCCCGAAAAUGCAGCCAUCGAGGAAAAGACGGCCAGCGGAGUGAAAUCCAGGGCGAGUAGCAGCCGAAGAAGAACGCUGUACGACGACCUGGAUUCGUCACACACACCAAACGGUUCGGAUUCACUGCUUCACGGUCUGGGGGGCGAUGAUAGUGAUAGCCCUCUGUCUUCUCUGUCAGAAAGCGAUUUCGAAGAUGUCCCCAUUGCGAAACAACUGAAGACGAAAAAUGAUGGCGAUGCUGACGAGGAUGACGAGGACGACGACAUCGAGUUUGAGGAUGUCGAAGCUCCUCAGCAGCCCAUGACGGACGCGCCAGUACCGUCAGGCGACCUUGAGCUGACUCUGAUCCGGGACACUCGAAUAUCUCUGACGAACCCCUUUGGUGACAAGAAGGGACCUUCAAAGCGAGAGCGGAAAGUCCGGAAUGCGACCCAUUGUGUUCACGUUCUUUGUCUUUUGUGGCACAAUGCGGUUCGGAAUUCUUGGAUCUGCGAUCCUGAAGUGCAAGCGAUCAUGGUUUCCCAUGUCCCGCCUAGGCUCUGGGAUGAAGUUGACCGAUGGAGGCGUAAUAGUGGCUUGGUAGAGAGCCGGCCGACACCGAAACCCAAGGCAUCGGCGAAAAGGAGGAGAGGCACGAAGCAAGAGUCUCGAGAUUGGGGCGAGGCUGCCCAGCGGCUUGAAGAGGGGGCUAUCGACAUGAGCCACGGCGAUCCUCUGUUUCGAUUUAUGAAGUCGCUAGUCGCCUGGUGGAAACAGCGAUUUCGAGUCUCGGCACCUGGCCUCCGGAAAUGGGGCUACAUGUCGCUGGAGCGUCUCGAUAGACUCACCAAGGCGUAUGUAGAUCAUGAGGACGACUAUGAGGAAUUUGGAGAGCGAUUGGAAGGAAUAGAUGAUUUUCGACAAUGCGCCAUCAACUGCAAAGGAAGUAGAGACGUCGGAGCUCAACUAUUUACGGCGCUUCUUCGGGGCUUGGGAGUCGAUGCUCGUAUGGUGGCCAGUCUGCAGCCCCUAGGCUUUGGAUGGAAUAAACUUGAAGACGCGGAUGCAGAAGAAGAUGAAAAGCAAGAAAACACGCCUGCCAAGUCUACGAAUAAGAAAAAGCUUGAGAAGAAGCCAGCAGCAAAACCCACGAAAAAGAAAAUGGCAGAGAAAUCAGCAGCCAACAUCACCCUGUCACGGUCACGCUCAGCUCGUUCAUCUACGAGGCUGUCUACUCCUCCAACCGAAGAAGCCGAGGAUGAUUUACAAUUGGAAUUCAAAGAUACAGACGACGAAUUUGUUGAGAUAGAUCUUACCCCAAAACCCAAAUCUAUGUAUACGAAGAAAUUCGAUAACGACUUGGAAUAUCCACAUUACUGGACCGAAAUAUUAUCGCCUGCUACAAAGAAGUAUCUCCCAGUCGAUCCAAUUGCAAAAGGAACCGUCGCAGUAAAUAGAGACCUUGUCGAGACAUUCGAACCUCGCGGCGCCAAAGCAGAUCGGGCAAGACAAGUCAUUUCUUAUGUUGUGGGCUACUCAGGAGAUGGAACCGCGAAAGAUGUCACCGUACGCUAUCUGAAACGACAAGUCCUUCCUGGUCGAACUAAAGGCGUGAGGAUGCCACUGGAAAAAAUUCCAAUCUACGAUCGCAAUGGAAAAGCAAAGAGGUACGAAAUGAUGGACUGGUUCAAGACGGCCAUGUCCGGAUACAGGCGAGGAGACAAGAAGCAUCCCGUGACGGAAAUCGAUCAGCAAGAAGACGCAGUAGACUUGAAGCCGGCGAAAGCAGAGAAGAAGGAGGUAAAAGAAGGCGAGGAGACACUGCAAUACUAUAAACAGUCAAAAGAGUUUGCGCUGGAGAGGCACCUCAAACGCGAAGAGGCCCUAAGACGAGGGGCGGAACCAGUCAAGAUAUUCAAAAAUAAAGGAAAGAGCGGCAAAGCCGAGGAAGAAGAUGUUUAUCUUCGACUGGAUGUUGUCCUUGUCAAAAGCGCGGAAACCUGGCAUAAACAAGGCCGAGCUCCGCUUGCUGGUGAAGAGCCGUUGAAGAGGGUCCCGUAUCGAGCAGCCACGUUGAACCGGAAAAGAGAAAUAUUAGAAGCCGAGGCAAUGACUGGGCAAAAAGUCCUGCAGGGGUUAUACAGUUUCGACCAGACCGAUUGGAUCAUACCGCCGCCUAUCAAGGACGGCGUGAUUCCGAAGAACGAAUACGGGAACAUUGAUCUGUUUGCUGAGCACAUGUGUCCUGAGGGAGCUGUGCAUGUGCCAUUCAGGGGCGUCGGUAAAGUUUGCAAGAGGCUUGGAAUCGACUACGCAGAAGCUGUAGUAGACUUUGAAUUUGGCCACAGAAUGGCUGUCCCCGUGAUCCAGGGAGUCGUUAUUGCGCAAGAACACCACGACAGAGUGAUGGUCGAGCUAGAGAAAGACGAGGCUGAACGAGUCAGAAAGGAGGAUGAGAAAAGACGCAAAGCAGCACUUGGGAAAUGGAGAAAGUUUCUCAUGGGAAUGCGCAUCGUGAAGAGGAUUCGUGAAGAAUACGGCGACAUCGAUGAAAGCGUAUCUGUGUUUGGCCAUUCCCGGAGCAAAAUGCAAGUCGAUGAACUACCAGCGGCUCACGACGAAGAAAUGGCCGGAGGAUUUCUUCCAGAAGGAUAUGAGGAAGAUGGCGAGGACCACCGGGCGCACGAGACGUCGAACUUCUUUCCCUCGCUCGAAGAGGAUGAUCAUGGCGGAGAUGGAGAUCUCGUUAUGGAAGACGAUGGCGGAGCUGGCACUAGCGAAGCGCAGACCGAAACGGAGACGCUGGUGGAGGCUAAAGGGAAGAAGCCGGUGGCGCCCAAGGGGCGUAAGCCACGAGCAACACGGCAGAAGAAGCAAGUUGUUGAUAGUGAAGAUGAUGGCGAGGACGAUGAA